CUGUCACUAAAGUCACUAGAUGUCACUUUAGCUGUCACUAGAGUCCUAGAUUUAUCUGGGAUUCUAGCUGUCACCACGUUCACGUCGUUCGCGCCAAGAGUUUCGUCGACGGUCAAGUUGGGUUAGGCAAUAGUUGCCAUAGCGACCACUUGCGUGACAAUCUAAUCGACUAGCGUUUCACGUUCCACAAGUUUAUGUAUAAGUAUCUAUUUACGUUUCACGAGAUUUUUUUCGACAAAUAGCAACAAAUAGUAAAUGAGUUCCUUAAACACAAGACAAUACACGGUUAUCGCAAUCCUGCAAUAUGUUAUAUUGCUCUUUGAUGUUUGCAUAAAUUCGUUCGCGAGCUUCGCCAGGCAACAUCCAACUGACCUGCUGGUACUUUAUGUGAUUCAAGACUUUUGCCUCAUCGUAGCUCUCACGUUGCUCCUAGUAAAUUUCUUUUCCACUUACAUCUUCCAGGCAGGUUUGAUACAGCUACUGUACACAAGAUUCCGUAUGACAUUAGUAUUAUGCAUUAUCUACAUGAUGUUAUCAAUCAGUUUGCAUACAUGGCACAUCAGUAUACAUUGGUCAAUGCCGUUAAAACAUUAUUGGACAAAAGAAUUUCACACUCUUCAUUCUGCACAUAGAACAGUUGCAGUGCUGUAUUAUUACUUUUAUAAAAGAGCCUCUCUGAGAAUCGGUGAUCCAAGAUUCUACAAAAGUUCUGCUUGGGUACAAAAGCAAUUGAGUAUUCCGUGAUUACAUGCAAAUAAAAUUUCAAUGAGACAUAAAGGGUAAUUGUAGCUCUGAUAAAACAUAGAUGUAAGAAUAUAUCUGUGUAUUUCAAAUUUACUAUUUUAAGCUAUUUAUACAAUGUC